ACCAAAUGUUUGCGCGUCAUACUUGUCACAUUGUCACAUUGUGUGAACGUAACACGCGUGUCCGCUUUCUUUCUGGCGCACCACGCUCCACUGACGUUCUCUUUAUUUCGUCUCUCGCUCGGGCUGGGCUGCAACAUCUAGCUCCACACCCGGCGCACUUCAUCCAGCAUAUAUCAUUUUACUCUUUCUCCCUCUACAACUUCAGUACUACAUAUACUGCGCCUGAUCGUUCUGAUAAUCCAGGACUUACCUCCAAGCAGACCACAUAGGAAUUGUAUCCUUGCCAUACUCACAACGCGCAGCUAUGGUUUUCGGCUUAUUCUCGCGCAAUAAAUCGAGUGUUGAUCUGACGAAGAAGACAACCCAAGAGGACACCACCGUCCAAUUACGGACCCCUUCUCCCUCUGUGUUGUCGGGAUCUUCGCCGCGUAAUGACCAGUCGCGAGGCCCUCCCGCCACCCCUUCUCCUGCCCCAGACCUUGCGGAUCCCGACGUCUUGCACGCUUUAAUUGAAUCUAUUCCUCCGAAGGCGUUACAUGCAUACGUGCUUGCGCGCAUCAGCCACGCUUCCCCUCAACACGUUGGUCCUCUUGCGCAGUUUUUCUCGGCACUCGAGCCGCCCCCAACGUUGCACUGUGUCCGUUGCCACAAAGGCUAUUUUGAGGUCGAAAAUAAUGAUCGGAGUUGCUUGAUCGGGCACGACGACGAAAGCGCUGAGGUGGAGAGGGUUGGUGGCGGAUAUGAAACACUCUUCGGCUGUUGCGGGAAAACUGUCGAAGGGGAAGGCGAUAUGGGUCCUCCUGAUGGAUGGUGCUAUGAGGGCAUGCAUACCACGGACAACAAGCGUGCGCGCUUCCGUGCAGACUCAACCGUACACGAGGACAAACUAGUGUCCUGUACGCGGUUGCGGUGCCAUGAUCCUCGUCCGAGAAAACGUCUCCGCACUCGCGAUAACGAAGACUCAGACGAGGACAGCGACGACGACGGUGCAAGUCAUAGUAGCGUCCGCACAAGGCAAUCCAAGCGCGCAAAGAUUGGGACAGCCCUUUUUGAUGAUGAAGAUGUCGACAUGGAGCAGCCAUCUCCCAAGCCCAGCAGCUCGCGAGGCCGGACUUCGCGAGCGAAGUCUCCGCUGAAGAGCGCAUCGGGACGCUCGAAGCCAGCCAAGACCAAGUCAGCUCUCAGGACGCGAUCCGUCUCCCGUGCACGAUCUGAAGUGUCUAUUUCGAGUUCCCCCGCCAAGCGCAAGCCGGCCAGCAGUCGAUUUGUUGCCGGCCCGUCAUCUACGUUGGUCACCGAGGCCUCAUUCUCCUCGACAACAUCAGUGAUGGCUGUUGGAGGCAACUCGCAGGAACAAACUCAGACCAGCAGUCAACUCACGGAGGUGGUCGCUGUCAGUGCUCUGAAGAGCAAGAAGUCGGGGAUGCAGUCUAAGAAGGUUGUCACUGUCGCCAAAGAAGUGAAGAGCACAUCGUCCACGGCAAAAAGAAAGCCAAGAACGAAGAAACUGGACGAGGUCGUGGAGUCCAGUAUCCCGGGCGAGACAGAAUGAGAGAGCUCCUCGACCACUGCGAAUGGACGCAGUUUCUUUCUAUAUGUUAAGCACUAGCUAUCUGCUAUCUCUCAGCGUAUCGUACUGUAUCACCUAACGAGCAGCCAAGCCGCUGCUCUCCCACUCUCUUCCAAUUUCUCUCUCUUCGUGCAACGCUCAAUCUGCUUGCUCGCCCUCGCAUUUGUACUUCGUAUUGCACUCGCACACCGUCCUUUACUUAUAUCCCAUGAAAUCUUGUCUAUAUUGUUGUCUCUGUAAUAGGUGUGACUGUCUUCAUUGUAUGAGCCGGAGAAAUCGGCGGACUGAACAAUCAGAGAUGUCGUGACCAGCGUGCGACACAGCCACGCUCAAUUUGUCGAACGCGUACUCUUGAUCCACCAAAAUGUCCUCGAGCCUGGAACUUGUAAACCCCAAGGCGGAGAGCAUCCGCCGAGCUGCAGCACUCCAGGUGAACACAAAUGGUGCAAUGGGACUCGCGAACGUCGUCAGAGGCAACCUCGGGCCGAAGGGAACGAUAAAAAUGCUUGUCGACGGGUCGGGACAGAUCAAAAUGACCAAGGAUGGGAAAGUGCUGCUCUCAGAGAUGCAGAUCCAGAACCCAACUGCGGCCAUGAUCGCGAAGACGGCAGUGGCGCAGGAUGACCAGGUGGGAGACGGAACGACGUCCGUGGUGCUUUUGGUCGGGGAACUCCUCAAACAAGCCGAUCGAUUCACUUCGGAGGGCGUGCAUCCUGCUGUGGUGUCGGAGGGGUUCGAUCUGGCGAAAAAAGAGUCUUUGGCGUUCUUGGACACCUUCAAGCAGCCUAUGAAGCUCGAUCGUGCCACGCUUAUCAAUGUCGCCAAUACAUCCCUCGCCACCAAACUGAAUGCUGCAAUGGCAAAGAAGCUAGCUGCAGAUGUCGUUGACGCCGUUCUUACUAUUCAACCUCCUCCCCCGCCCAAAGAUGCAGUCGAUCAAUGGCGUAGUCCAAUCGACCUGCACAUGGUGGAGAUCAUGAAGAUGCAGCAUCGAACCGCGUCUGAGACUCAGCUUGUCCGUGGACUGGUAAUGGAUCACGGUGCGCGGCAUCCCGACAUGCCUAAACGCGUCGAAAACGCGUUCAUCCUCAUCCUUAAUGUCAGUCUCGAGUAUGAAAAAACCGAAGUCAACUCCAGCUUCUUCUACUCGUCGGCAGAACAGCGUGAAAAGCUUGUGGAGGCUGAGCGACGUGUCGUGGAUCAGAAAGUCAAGAAGAUCGUUGAGCUCAAGAACCUCGUUUGCGAUCAGGCGAUGGACAGCAAGGAGAAACGCAAGAAUUUCGUGGUCGUAAAUCAGAAGGGCAUUGACCCGCUUUCGUUGGAUAUCCUCGCGAAGAACGGCAUCUUCGCUCUGCGUCGUGCCAAGCGAAGGAAUAUGGAACGGUUGCAGCUGAUCUCUGGUGGCAUCGCGCAAAAUUCUGUGGAUGAUCUUGAACCUUCCGUUCUGGGCUGGGCCGGGCUUGUGUAUGAGCACACCCUGGGCGAAGAAAAGUACACAUUUGUGGAGGAAGUCAAGGCACCCAAAUCGGUCACCUUGCUCAUCAAGGGACCCAACAGCCACACCAUCACUCAGAUUCAGGAGGCUUUGCGCGAUGGACUGCGGGCCGUCAAAAAUGCUAUCGAGGACGAGGCAUUGAUCCCUGGAGCUGGAGCGUUCGAAGUGGCAUGCUCCGCGCAUCUCGUGGACAAAGUGAAGAAGUCCGCCAAAGGUCGAGUGAAGAUGGGUGUGCAAGCAUUUGCUGACGCUCUGAUGAUUAUCCCGAAAACCUUGGCGCAGAACGGCAACUUCGAUGUCCAGAACGCAGUUGUAGCCCUGCAGGAUGAACAGGCCGAGGGUAACAUCGUUGGAAUCAAUCUGAUCACCGGAGAGCCAUUCGAUCCUACAGUGGAAGGUGUCUGGGACAACUACCGCGUGAAACGACAGAUGCUUCACUCGUGCUCUGUGAUCGCUGUCAAUCUAUUGAUUUGCGAUGAAGUCUUACGAGCAGGGAGAACAUCGCUGAAGCCCGAUGGCCCUGGGCCCCAGUAGAAAUGUAUAUCAACGAUAAUAGAACACAUCGGUUCAUCACAAUUUGGUCUUGGGAACGUCGGUCCUGAUCGAUCUCCACUAGAAAUGCAAAUAAGACCAAUGGCAAGUCAGAUUCGCGAAAAUUCGCGGACCCAAGGAAACCAAUCUCCCAGGUCUUUGGACAAUUGACUGGUGAAUUUGGGCUCCCGUUUCUCCAUGAACGCACGCACACCCUCCUCGCCAUCAUGUGACGCGCAUAAUGCACGUAUCGCACGCGAGUCAAGCAAGUGGUUUUCUUCAAUCGAGUCCCCGGGAUGCUGGAUCAACCCUUUCGUGACCGCAAUCGACACCUGGGACGUCUUGGACGCAAGUUCAUGCGCGAAGGCCACGGCGGCCGGAAGCACUUCCUCGCGGGUAGGGAAGAUUUGGUGGUACAGGCUGCUAAUGAGAUGCGAGUCGGCACUGAUUGUGCUGCCACUCAGAAUGAGUGACAUGGCGCGCGACUGGCCGAUGAG